UCAACAUGGCAGCGCCCUUUUGUUACCCCAUGGUGUUUGCCAACACAUUUUGACAGCAUUAGUGGAUUUGUCUAACCGUCUGGAGCUUCAUAAUGGACAGACUAGCUUGGCGAUUAUGUUGACACAUCCGUCACAUUUGAGACUUACUAAAAUAAACAACCCAACCUCGUAUUAGUGCAUUGGUUCCGUCAUGAGUUUUGGAACGAUUCUCAGACUUGGCGGUAGACAGUGCUGUCUCAAGCAACUUUCUUUGCACAACGUCCGUCAGCUGUCAAGUGCAGCUCGUCGAUGCUCGAAAAAUGACAAGGAGCCUCUUUCAGACGUCCCUUCUCCUGACCUGGUCACCGAGGAAGAUCCAACACAGGAGCGAAGACCCAGAAGAGAACCGGGCCAGGUGUCUGUGCUUCUCUUCCCCGGGCAGGGCAGUCAGUUUGUGGGCAUGGGACGGGGACUGUUGAAGUACGGAGCUGUUCAGGACAUGUUCUCUGCAGCACGGCGGAUCCUGGGCUAUGACUUGCUUUCUCUGUGUCUGAACGGCCCCGAAGAGGAUCUCAUGAAAACGGUUCACUGUCAGCCUGCUGUGUUCGUCACUUCACUUGCAGCGGUCGAGAGAUUAAAUCAGGAGAACCCAGCGGCAAUAGAGAGCUGUGUUGCGGCAGCGGGCUUCAGUGUGGGAGAGUUUGCUGCCUUGGUCUUCUCUGGUGCCAUGGAGUUCACUGAAGCCCUGUAUGCUGUUAAAGUCAGAGCGGAGGCGAUGCAGGCUGCGUCAGAGCAGGUCCCCAGUGGUAUGCUGUCCGUGAUUGGGCGACCGCAGGCCAAGUAUAACCAGGCCUGCCUGCUGGCCCGCCAGCACUGCGAGUCCUUGGGCAUCCCCAGCGCUGUCUGCAGUGUGGCCAACUACCUGUUCCCUGAUGGCAGGGUCAUUGCUGGACACGUAGAGGCUCUGGACUUCCUCCAGAAGAACGCCCGGCAGCUGCACUUCGCCCGCACUCGCCGCCUCCCCGUCAGCGGUGCCUUCCACACGCCCCUCAUGGAGCCGGCGGUCGAGCCCUUGCGAGCCGCGCUCAAAAACAUCACCGUCCGCUCGCCCGAGAUCGCCGUGCACUCCAACGUGGACGGCAAGCGCUACGGGCAGGAGAAGCACGUGCGGCGCAUGCUGCUGAAGCAGCUGGUCUCGCCGGUGAAGUGGGAGCAGACGCUGCACGAGCUGUACCAGAGGGCGGAGGGCACGGCGUUCCCCCAGACAUACGAGACGGGGCCUGGGACACAGCUAGGGGCCACGCUGCAGAAAUGUAACCUGAAGGCACACAGGAGCUACAAACACGUGGACGUUACUGUGGAAGAGGAGGAAUAGUGGUGUGUGUGUGUGUGUG